AGGAGCUGUUGACACAGAUCAGGAAAGCUCACAUUUUUCUCCUAGCACUGAGAAAGUAUGUACUUCACAGUCAACAAGUAUUGUACAUAAUAAGAAAGAUAUUUCACCAGGGCUUGCAUUAAAAGGAAGCACACUUGUACUUCCUGACAUGGUGACAUCAGACACUUCUGUUCAUGAUCCAGAAUCCACUACAGAAGCGGAUACUUCCGUUAAGGCAAUUUCUACUGCUUCACACAACCAAAAUAUUGAUAUAUGCUUUUCUUCAGGUAAAGAAAGUAAAGAGAAGGAGAACAUUUUGCAUACUGACACACCAUUAACCUCCUCUUUGUCAACCCCCCAAAAACACAAAGACCCUCCAGAGAAUGUUUUUAAUUUUACUUCUGCAAUUAAUAAUACUAAUAGUCUGCAAAUCAGAGACUCCAAAAAUUGCCAGCAAUUUAUUAAAGUAAAAGGGAGUAACAAUCAGAAUAUUUUACCACCCCAGUUAGAUAAAAAUAGUUCCCAUGAAGGAAAAAGUCAUAGAGAGUCUUCAGUCAAUAAUAUCCCAAUAACCUCUGCUGAAAGUAAAUCUAGGCAUGAUGCAGGAGCCAAAGAGAGAUCAGAUUUUCAACACCAAAGCAUUUCCCUAUAUAACAAUAAAUGUACUGGAUUUCUGUUAGGAGCUGAAAGUUCCAGAAAUAGCACAGAUGAAGAAUUAAUUUCUGAUAGAAAAAUGCUUCCAAAUUCACAGAACAAACCAUUUCAGCUAGGCACAGUUUCUGCAGCUAAACCUAUACUUCAACCAGCCAAAAUAGGUAUCCCAGACUCACAUGAUCUAGUGAGCCACAAAACUAAACAAGAGCAAAUAUCCCUGAACACUCAGAUGGACAAAGAUUGCACUAGUUUGCAGAAAGCUGUGAUGUACAGUGAAGAUAGACAGAAUGUUGAGUCUAAAGAUAAACUCUCCAGUGUCACACAGGAUCUGCAACUGCUGCAGAGUGCAGUGAGUGAAAAUAAGCUUAUGUCUGGUGGCACUAGAGAGAAAGUCAGUGAUAUAGAAAAAAGGAAAAACAGGCCCUCCGUUAAAAAUGAAGUGGCAGCCAUUUACAAAACAAGACGAAAAUUUUCUAGUAAAAAUGUAAAUCCAAAACCACACAUAAGUAAUAUAUUUUUACAGAAUGAUGGAGGUACCACUUCUUUAGAGAUUAACAUGACCCACAGCACAUUGCAUUCCCCUGCUUCUACCCAGCCAUUUCUCCAACCUGGAAAUGAAGACGAGAAUCAAAAUCUGACCCCUGGUGUUUGUGACAGCCCUGUUCACAAAAUAUCUGAGAAGAAUAAGAGAUCACAAACUAAUGAUGACUCUCCAUUGUUAAUUAAAAACAAGAAUCAAGGGCCUUUUGCAAAUUCAUACAACCAGAGAAGAGAACUCAACAAUCCCAAACAAAAUGACAAUGAAGUAGAAAGCAUGCUGAGCCCCACAACCCUAUUUCCAAAGGAAAUAGCUGCAAGAAGUAAGAAUUCCCAAACACUUGGCCCGGGGUUGGAAAACAGAAAUCAAACCAUCUUUUCCAGAGCUACUGAAGCAGAUUCAUCAGGAAAUCAAAAGAGAACAAGUACUGGUAGUUCCCAUGAUCCACUACUGUUGCCAUUUUUAACUGACAAAAACUCAAACACGUUUAUAAAAAAUUUGCAGGCAAAUGUCUGUUCACAGAAACAAGCCCUUUCCUCAGAUGAGUGUGAUCAUGAUCAAAACCUCCAUCGGUCAAAGAGUUUAAAAAAUGCAAACCUGCACAGGAAUCAGUCACGCAUGAGUCGUGCAAAGAAUCAACGUGAACGUCACUUUUCUGAAAGCACCUAUACUCAAGAUUCCCAUGACAACCCUGGCUUUGGAAGUAACUGUCUACCUAAAGAGAGCAGGUACAAUAGAAAGUUUAAAUCUUAUUCUGAGCUGUGCUCUUAUGAUGAAAAUGAAAACUGGGCUUCAUAUGAUGAGAGGACCACCACCUAUGGCACUAGACGUGUGAUGUAUCCUUCUAUUGAGUUUGGUAUAUUUGGAAAAGAACAACAACUGGCGUUCCUGGAAAAUAUCAAGAGAUCACUCACAGAAGGGAGAUUAUGGAGACCAAGUCUUCUUAAAAACCCUGGCUUUCUGAGAAAUGAAGAGAGUGAUUCUUUAAAAAGGGCUGAGCUCUUGAACUCGAGUUCUGCUAGGAGCAAAAUUUCAGUAGAUGCUUCAUCCCCAAGAGACUCAGUUGACAUCUAUCGAGAAAAACCAAUGGUUUAUUCAGACUCAGACACUGAUACCACCACGGAUGAUGAAUACUAUCUUUGUGAGACUGAUAAAGAAUCAGAACUGUGAGAUCCCGUAAUACAAGAUUGAGAGAGAGCUCUCAUCUGAAAGGUGUUUUGGUGGUUCCUGGAUGAGCAUAAACAUGUAACACAUUUUGGGCCAGAUCCUGUGCUGGUGUAAAUCAGUGUUGGUCCAUUUACUUUAAUGAAGUUAUGUUGACUUAUACAAGCUCAAUUUGGCCAUUUUAUAUUUUAAAAGUAUUUAAACCUGUCAUUUUCUUUUGCAAGCAAAAGAUAAAUUCUCACAAUUUUUUAUAAAUAUUUUAUUAAGAAAAGGAAGAUGAAUGUGGAGCUUUUUAUUGUGUAAUGAUAUGGAAGUAUCUCCAUUGACUUCAGUAGGAGUUGGAUUGAGCUUUUAUAUGCUAAGUGGCCAGGGAUUUUUUUCCUGUAUAGCUUUGCGGAUAGUAAUCUCACACACACAGGCUAGGACUAUAACAAUGUUUAAAAGGGAACUGGAUAAAUUCAU